AUGUCUCGUGGACUUGUUCCAAAGAAUCUGGGACAAGCAAUCACUCGCCGCUCAAACCCUGUGCCGCCUCGCCCUUUUCAAAAAAUAGUUGAGGGAGACUCUACGUCGCCACAGCCAAACCAAAGCAGGGUCGAAUCUGCACCGGCCUCUAGUUCGGCCAGAACACCAACGAAAGAGUCAAAAUCGACACUUGAGAAAUCACAGAUCACGUCGAGCCCGUCCGCAGGGAAGUCACCCACGAAAGCACCCUCCGACGUUUCCUCUACUCAACCGUCGCGCCAAGUCCGAACCCGUCCAUCCGAAUCUUUCGUCGCUCGAAGCAAGCCUGACCAUCAUUUGAAUGCACGCCGAGUCCUAAGAGGCGAGCCCAGAUCCUUCGCUGGCAAGAGAGCCUACCUUUUUCCAAGCGGCCGGUCUCGAACGUCUCUGGAGCCGGUACGUUGGGCCGAGUCCUUCACUCUCUUAGUCGGAUCGUCGCCUAAAACGCCCACUUUUGUCAAACCGAACCCUCGAGUUGACGCCAUGACGAACUACAUUCAAGUCGCCAGCACUCCGACGGCGGAUACAGGCAGUAGUCUGCUGCUACACUUUGACCACCGGCGGUAUCUGUUCGGCCAUCUUUCGGAAGGAACACAGCGCGCGUUGAGCCAGCGCAAGCUUCCCCUAGCAAAGCUCGAGACCUUGUUUCUCUCAGGCCAGACAAAAUGGGAAAACACGGGCGGCAUGAUUGGCAUGAUGCUCACUGUAGCCGACGUCCUCGACGGUAGCCGGAGAGAGAUAGAACAGCAGAAUGCGGCGAGGAAAAAGACCGGAAAGGCUCAACUGCCGCUCAAAGGCCCCGAACGCUUGGAGAUCCACGGCAGUCGCAACCUUGCCUACUCUAUUGGGACAGCGAGGGGCUUCGUUUUCAGGAAGGGCUUGCCCAUUCGGCCUAUUGAGGUUGACAAAGAUCCGAGAAUUGCCAACCCCAAGGCUUCUACUCCUGAUUGGGAAGACGAUGCCAUCCAGGUCUGGAAAGUUCCUGUCAUCGCUGAUGAGCCCUCUUUGGGUCGCGGGACUUCGCGCAAGAGGAGCCACGAGGAUAUGGUUGCAGAAGACAAGGACCUGCAAAAUCGUCCCGCAGGCCUUCCUUCUCUCGAAGAACAACACAAUAUCGAUCAAGAAGCUAUAAACACCGUUGUGGAGGACAUGUUUAGCUCCAAUUGGACCAUGGACGCCUUAUGCGAGACAAAGCUUCACCAAGUGGAACUUCCCGCUACCAUCUUUGUUCGGAAGGACGGCCAAAUCCAGAGGUAUACGGGUCCUCUUCCCGGCAGCAAAGACGAUGUUCCUGACAUUGAUGUAUUGGUGAGAUUCCCCUGGCCUGCGACCAAGGUUCGAACACUCCCACCGCCAAAGUCAGCUUCCGAUAUGUCUGUCUGCUACGUCGUGAAAAACAGGGGCCGCCGUGGCAAGUUCAAUCCUGCUGUUGCGAAACAGCUUGGCGUCAAACCGACAGAUUUCAAGCUUCUGGCGGCGGGCCAGAGUGUCACGGGCGCAGAAGGCAAUGAAGUGACGCCUGAAAUGGUGUUGGAAGCGCCGUUGAAGCCCUCAGGAUUCGCAGUACUUGACAUUCCUAGUAUAUCUGCCGUAGAAUCGUUCAUCAACAGGCCAGAAUGGAAGAACUCGGCGCUAAUGGACAAUGUCCCCAUCUUUUACUGGCUUCUGGGCAGCCAAGUUGUGGACGAUCCACGAGUUCAGAACUUCAUGAAGGAGAGACCCGAUGUCAAGCAUGUAGUCAUGUCUUCGGAUACCUGCCCUAACAUGGUGGCAAUGGAAUCGUAUGCCCUUCUGUUGACAAAGUUGCGACGUAUUGACGCCGACCGAUUCCCUCUCCUCGAAUUCAACAACACAUGUCGAGACCUUUCCUCCAUCGGUCCGAACGUCGAGACGGGUCGUACGGGUAUGAAGGCUUUCCUUUCGCCUGCUUUUAACAUCAAAGACAACGAAAUUGUCCCGUUUCCCACCUUUCAAGAGGCAAACAAUGUCCCAGAAGAGGUAUUAGCGCUGGCUGAUCAGGCGAGGGCCGCGGUUAAAGAGCCCAAGUUUUUGGCGGACAUUGAACAGUCGGAGCGCGACAUCCCGAAUAGAGAUGCCGAAAUCAUUCCUCUCGGCACUGGCUCCGCCCUUCCGUCCAAAUACCGCAAUGUCUCUGCAACCCUUAUUCGCAUUCCUCAAUAUGGCAACUACCUGCUCGACUGUGGUGAGAACACGCUUGGUCAACUGCGCCGUGCCUUCCCUGCUGAAGAAGUCACCAAGAUUCUUCAAGACCUUCGCUGUGUAUUUAUCAGCCAUAUGCAUGCGGACCACCACCUUGGCUUGGUAAGCAUUGUACGUGCUUGGAGCGAGGCAACCGCCCAUCUUGACUCAAAGCCUAAGCUUGGCUUGAUCUCCCCCAGCAGCAUGCACCACUUCAUGAGGGAGUAUAGCAAGAUUGAUGAGAUAGACUUGGACCGUGUUGUCUUUCAUAGGCCUGUCUGGCCUGAGAGCGGUGAUGGUCGCCUGCCGGACAACGACCCCACCGGACUUUCCGCCGCUCUUCUUGUCCCGGUCAAUCAUUGUGUAAAUGCAUAUGCUGGCGUCCUUACUUGGCCUUCAGGCCUGAAGAUUGCCUACUCGGGUGACUGCCGUCCUAGUGAUAAUUUCGUCAAGGUCGGCAAAGGAGCUACUUUGCUAAUUCACGAGAGCACAUUCGACGACGACAAGCUCAGCGACGCCAAGGCUAAGAAGCACUCGACCAUGUCAGAGGCACUUGACGUCGGGUACCGCAUGGGAGCCCGCCGUGUGCUGCUCACCCAUUUUUCACAGCGUUAUGCCAAGGUGCCCAUUAUCGAGAAGCGGGAAACGGAGAAUGGGGCAGACCAAGCUGUAUUGCUUGCCUUUGAUCAAAUGCGCGUGAAGCUGGGCGAAUUCAAGCAAGCCCAGACGUUCUUACCUGCGAUCAGGCGCUACUUCGAACUAGACUCGGAAUAA